ACGCCGUUUCCUUCACAUGAGCAAAUUAUAGAGAAAGUUGAAUUGAACUUUCAAUGGGUUCGCGAAAACAUUUCUCAGAAGGACUCAGGCCUCCUUGUCCCGAAUAAUUUUCAACAAACCGCUCCAAAUCAUGACCAAUUGAGAUCUCACACGUUUCAUCACACUUAUGAUUUGAGUCAACCGUUCUUGAACCCACAGACCGUGGCUUUUACAAAUAAGUUGAAAAUUGAGAAUAAAAUUAAUUCUAAUGGUCAGGUUGUUGAAAAAAUUCUAGAUAGGUACGUAACACAUGAACGUACUAAACAACCGACUGAAGUUUGCACAUCCUUUAUUCCAUUCAUUCCCAACAUUUUAACAAUGAAUAGUAUCGACCCUGCCGCAGCCUUCAAACUUUUACUCAAGGAGACCAUAGAGAAACGCGAACAACAAGAGCAGGCAG